CUCUUUGCAAAAGGCUAUAUUUUUUCUCCGUAGAGAAGCAGAGUGGUUGGAGUUUCUAAUUGAGAGAGAGCAUUUAGACUGUUUUUUCCCUAGGGGAAAUAAAGUGUUUGGAGUUUCGAAUUUAAAGAGAAAAAGAAUUUAAAAAAGACGUUAAACCGGCACACUAUUAGCGUAUAAAUGCAACUCAUGUUGCACUGAGUCCACAUGAUAGAAGAGGGAGAGGAUUUUUUAGCCUUUUCUCUCUGUUUCUAUAACACUGUCAAAUCACCACCCUCUUUCUUGAUUUUUUCAAUUUCUCGUUUUUCUAGAUCUUUUCUUAAUCACACAAAUUUCACAUAUAAAUGGUUGAUUGAGGGAGGAAUUUAUCCCGUGAAUAAUGAUGCUUUUUAGAACAAAUUCAUGACCGCCUAAUACCCGCCGAUAAAUUUCCCCAAAUUCCAAACGUUUCCUUAUCUCUCAUCUCUCUUUUGGGCCUGCAAUUUCCAUGGUUAUUCCCUGUUAUUCUUUCUCUCUCAUCCUCUGUUGCUUUUGCGUAGUUUCAGUUUUUGAUUCCCGUUCGUAUAAGGCAUCCUCUCUCUCUCUAGUAUUUUGACGUUCUCGCUCUAGUAUUUUGAGGCUCGCUCCAACUCUCUCUCUCUCUAGAUAUCUUGAGGCAUUCUCUGGGUUUUUUUUUGUUUUGUACUCUCUCUCUCUAUCCAUGGGAACAUGAGGCUUUUCUCAUCUCUCUCUGUUACCUUUCUAUUUAUCUUCUGCACAAUUUUCAGUGCCUUCCAUUAAGGCUGCGAACUUUGUGAUCAGUAGUUAAUGGACUUCUCUAUUUCUCUUACCACUAUGGGUCUCACUAAUUGGAAAAUAUCUAGCUAAGCCACGGCCAUUUCAUCGUGUUUCCCUCUCUAGAUUCACGGUCAUUUUCUUGUGUUUUCUCUCUUGAUUUUUGGGGGUUCUCUUCGGAUUAUGUUGAUCCUCUCUGCUGCAACGCCGGUGGUUUAUGGGCUUAAUUCUAGGUCUAGGUUUUCAACUCUCUUCUAUUCUUUUAACACUUCUUUUCACUCCCUUUCUCUCUCUUCCAGCUUGCUGUCUCUCUCUAUCCAAUCAGGGGCUCGGCCUUCCCCUUGCCUGGUCUUCUCUGCUUUAACUUCUAGCUCCAGAUUGAGGUCAAAGGUUAGGGCAAUGGAAGAGCUCAUCGAUAAUAAGAACACAGGUGAGCGUGCUUGCAAUGCAGGAGCAAGCUCAACUAAGAGCUCCGCUGUUCUUUCUCCAGAUUUUAGUGCAACAGAGGCUGGAUUUCUUCAUGUUCAGAGUGAAGAAGAUAUGCUGUUGCGUAUCAAAAAGGAAAAAGAAGCCAAUAGACUGCCUGAAAAUGUUGCUGCUGUGAUGGAGGAACUGUAUCAUAAUUACCGGGAUGCAGUUUUUCAAAGUGGAAACUCCAGAGCUCAUGAGAUUGUGCUAACCAACAUGGCUUCUGCGUUUGACCUCAUUUUGUUGGACUUAGAGAAGCCUUUUACAUUUCCACCUUUUCACAAGGCAAUAAGGGAGCCUUUUGACUACUAUGCAUUUGGUCAAAACUACAUUCGACCUUUGAUUGACUUUAGAGAAUCAUAUGUUGGAAACAUAUCCUUAUUCUCUGAUGUGGAAGAGAAAAUUAAGCAGGGCCACAACAUUGUGUUCAUGUCCAACCAUCAGACUGAAGCAGAUCCUGCUGUUAUUGCCUUGCUGUUGGAAAUAAGUAACCCGUUCCUUUCUGAGAAUUUGACCUAUUUGGCAGGAGAUAGGGUUGUAACAGAUCCUGUUUGCAAGCCAUUUAGCAUGGGGAGGAACCUUAUAUGUGUGUACUCAAAAAAGCAUAUGCAUGACGUUCCAGAACUUGCAGAGAUGAAACGAAGAGCAAAUACCAGCAGUCUAAAGGAGAUGGCUUUACGUUUAAGGAGUGGGUCACAGAUAAUCUGGAUUGCACCGAGUGGUGGCAGGGAUCGUCCAGAUCCACGAACAGGAGAAUGGUCUCCGGCACCCUUUGACGUAACCUCAGUGGACAAUAUGAGGAGGCUGGUUGAGCAUUCAGGGGUUCCAGGGCACAUAUAUCCCAUGGCAGUGCUAUGCUAUGACAUCAUGCCGCCCCCACGUGUGGUCGAGAAAGAGAUUGGGGAACGGAGGGAAAUAUCAUUUCAUGGAGUUGGCAUAUCGCUGGGUCAAGAAAUGAACUUCAACGACAUUACUUCUGGCAUAGAAGACUCUGAAGAUGCUAAAUCUGCUUUCUCUAAGGCUUUGUAUGAUUCAGUCACUGAACAAUAUCGUGUGCUCCAAUCUGCCAUUCAUGGAAAGAAAGGUACCUCUGCAUCAAGCUCGAAUAUCACUCUCUCUCAACCCGGGAAUUGAUAAGAGGAAAGCAGUGUCCCACCCUUUUUUUUGCCGAUAUGUAUAUUAAAUUCGUUGAAAUCAUCUGUUUUUGCAUUUGAAUAAUCCUUGUUCACUAUUCUUCACCAUUUGUAACAGUAACAUUGAAUAUAAAGGAAUCAUGAGAUUCUGCAAUUCAUUAUCUCGAGAUUAGCCUCAAUUUCAUCAAUGAAGGCCAGAAAGUAACAGCUCUU